AUGUGUGUUUGGACAGGAAUUAUCGUAUCCGGAGGACCAUUAGAAGAUGUGACGGUGAAAGAAACUUUUGCUUUCGUUACAUAUGAAGACGAAGAGUCUGUUCCAUAUGCAUGCACACUUUUCGAAGGUCUCACUUUACAUGGGACAGAGCUUAUUAUUCGUCCGAGGCAAGGAUCCAAAUUUGAAAAUCAGAAAAUUCGUUCUGUCCCACCUUUCACCUAUCAGUUUCGGAGACCUAAAACUGAUCCACACUCAUUUUUGCCUCACCGUAGCGAUUAUGAUGGCAGAAGAGAUAUACAUUAUCCUGAUCGUCAACGUGAUAAUUUCGUGAAUUUUCACUCACCAUUUCCCAAUUGGCACGGGUUUCACAGUCAGGAAACUAAUCAUUUUUCUCGAUCUGGGUAUCCGAAUUCUUCUGUGCAGCCGUUAGCCUUUCCACCCUUUGCUUGGCCAUACAGCCCUCCACCACACUUUGAAAGGCAUUCAGCUGAUCGCAUAAGAUCCGAAGAUCGCUAUGGGAAUAAAAGGUCGUCAAGAAACACUGAUAGAAGAGAUCGCAGCCCUCAACACCACUAUACGGGACCCGAUAUUUCCCAUACUGAUUUCAUCCAAGCUGGAAUAAGAAACACGAAGAAUGUCGUGAUUGUGACAUCCGGUAAAGGAGGUGUUGGAAAGUCCACUGUUGCAGUUCAGGUUGCCAUCGGCUUAUGGAUGAGUGGUUUUCGUGUCGGUAUCCUUGAUAUUGACUUCUGUGGACCGUCUACACCCCGGAUGCUUGGUUUGGAAAGCAAUAAGAUACAUUCGUGUGCAGAAGGAUGGUUACCUGUUUAUGCUGAUGGGGACACAAAACGCUUACCCGUAGUAUCAAUCGGUUUUCUGUUAGAUAAUACGGAUUCUGCUGUUAUAUGGCGUGGACCGCGCAAGGGAAGUAUGGUAGGGGAGCUUAUGAAUUCUGUUUGUUGGGGAAAUCUUGAUUUUCUGAUCAUCGAUACUCCACCUGGGACAUCAGAUGAGCAUAUAACUGUUCUCGAACAACUACAAAAGUCCACCCUUGAUGCAAGUGUUGGAACCAUUAUUGUAUCAACUCCUCAAAGAGUUUCCUUAUGCGAUGUGCGCCGAGAAAUUGGUUUUUGUAACAAGACAAACCUUAAGAUAAUUGGUUUAGUCGAAAAUAUGAGUGGAUAUACAUGCCCAAAUUGUGCCCAUUGUACAAAUGUGUUUUCAUCUGGAGGCGCUGAAGCAUUGGCUUUUGAGAAAAACGUCGAAUUUUUGGGUCGUUUGUCUCUUGACCCCACGUUAACCGCUGUUUGUGAUCGUGCUGGAAAUUUCCAAUCCAAACUUUACAUGAAUGAAGACACUAGAGGCCUUACUAAAAAACUACUGACAAUUUUAGAUAUCUGA